UGAAAUCGCACAGGAUUAUCCGACGAUAUAACGGAGAUCAAUGAUCUUUCGCAAGAUGGAACUCUGUCAGAGCCGCGAGAACAUGCACGACGCAUCCGUUUACGAUCUUCGUAGGACGAGAUCGCUUCCGAGCGAAAACGAGGUGGCUUUUAUCAACAACGAUAUCGAACGAGGCGGCAGAUCGCCGAUCGUUCAUCGGGAAUCGACCGAGUACGCGUCCGAUUCCAGCUGCGAGGGUUACCGGGACUAUCAGAAACAACAAAUCGAAAGAAGAAAUUCGUCCCCGAUCGCCGUCUCCAGUGCUUUCACCAUCGACAGUAUCCUCGGCAGAAACGAGAAGAGAGAUCAGACACUGAGAACGGACAGUUUCGGUGACAAAGAAGAGGAUCAGGACGAGACGGAUGACAGGAUCGAGGGUCACUUCGUCCGACCAACAGCGAUACCAGCCGCACGUACCGAUGUUGAAGGAAGUUUGUAUCCGGUUCACGCGGGACUGCCGUAUCCUGAAGGCGCGUUACCCGAUCCAUCGGCGUAUUCUGCAACAUCACUUGCAUCAGCUUCACUGUUGUACAGUAGUUGGUUUGCUCAGACAAAACCCGGACAGCUGUUUGGCUUGCAAGCACCCAAACCGAGUGGCAGAAGGUCACGAAAACCGGGUAUCGAUCGGAAACCGCGUCAGGCUUACAGCGCGAAACAAUUGGAAAGACUCGAGGCGGAAUUCAAAAUCGACAAGUAUCUCAGCGUGAGCAAGCGAAUGGAGUUGUCCAAGUGUCUGAAUCUGACAGAGGUGCAGAUUAAAACGUGGUUUCAGAAUCGACGCACGAAGUGGAAGAAGCAACUGACGUCGAGAUUGAAAAUCGCUCAGCGGCAGGGUCUUUUUCCACCGACGUACUUCCCGACCACGCAGUAUCCGCUUCUGCCAUAUUACGCGGCGCCUUUGAUGUUCGGCGGUCCGUUGUCGGACGAUACGAGCUCUAGCUUGCCGACCACUCGGUCCGCCGUAUCGUCCUCGGAUACGGUCUGACGCGACAUAGACUCGAACUACUUGGUCGAUCAUCGGCCGGGCGACCGCAAAGUGCAAUAAGAUCUUCCGUUGACUAUCAUGCAAUUUUUAAAUUGUUUGGUUCCUUCUUCCUUGUUUUUUUUACAUUAUUAUACGGGUAUCGAGAGAUACAUACAAUUGUAAUCAUCCACAAAUUCGCAAUCGAUGGCGUAGGAAAGUUACAAAAAUGGCGGCUCUUUUUUUGUGAUGUACUUUUGAGAGCGUUUCUGUUUUUGUAUUUUGUAUAUAAGACCUGAUAUAUGUACAAGUUUUACGUUAUGCCUGUCAGACUUUAUCGAGAUAAUGUAUACUUUUGAUCUUGGCUCUCUCUAAUACAGAUUUGUAUUCGGACGAUAGCGAUAAUUAUAUGCGAUGUAUGAUUUUCCCGAACAAAAAAAUCAUCUGUCUGUUUGAAUUGUCU